AUGGAGCCAGUACAUCCCACCCAGACAGUGACACCCCACCUCACCCAGCACAGUACACCCCAACAUGGCCACAGUACAACCCCACCUCACCCAGCAUAUACACCCCACCCAGCACAGUAUACACCCCACCCUCACCAAGCACAGUACACCCCACCUCACCUGCCCACAGUACACCCCACCUCACCCAGCACAGAACACCCCACCUCACCCAGCACAGUACACCCCACCUCACCCAGCACAUACACCUCACCCUUGCCACAGUACACCCACCUCACCCAGCACCAGUACCGCCCCACCCACCCCAGCCAGUACACCCCACCCAGCACAGUACACCCCACCUCACCCAGCAUAGUACACCCCACCCACACAGUACACCCACACCUCACCAGCAACAGUACACCCCACCUCACCCAGCAUAGUAAACCCCACCAGGCACAAGUACACCCCACCUCACCCAGCCCAGCAGUACACCCCAACCUCACCCAGCACAUACACCUCACCAGCACAGUACAAACCCACCUCACCCAGCACAGUACGCACCCUCACCCAAGUACAGUUACACCCCACCCCACCCAGCAAACAGCUACACCUCAACCAAGCACAGUACACCCCACCUCACACAGCACAUACACCCACCUCACACACACAGUACAGUACACCUCACCCCACACAGUACACCCCACCUCACCCAAGCACAGUAUACCCAGCCCAGCACAGUACACCCCACGGCCACUCCAGCCCCAGCACCUAUACACCCCACCCCACCAGGCACAGUACAACCCUAACCCUCCCAGCAACAGUAACCCCCUCACAUACACCCCACCUCACCCAGCACAGUCACUAGCACAGCACAGACAACCACACCCAAUACUACUACCAGCACAGUUAGACCCCCACCUCACACAAAGCACAGUACACCCCCCACCACACACAGACUACCGCACAGUACCUCCCACCCCACGCUCACCCAGCACAGUACACCCCCCCCCACCUCACCCAGGCAACAGUACACGCUCACCUCACCCAGCCACAGUACACCCCUCCCCCCACCUCACCAGCCACAGUACACCUCACCUCACCCAGCACAAGUACACCUCCCCCCACCUCACCCAGCACAGUACCACCUCACCUCAACCCAGCCAGUACACCCCUCUCCCCCCACCUCACCCAGCACCAGUACACCCCCCCCCCACCUCACCCAGCACAGUACACCUCACCUCACCCAGCCCAGUACACCCCUCCCCCCACCUCACCCAGCACAGUACACCCCACCUCACCCAGCACAGUACCACCCCACCCCACCUACCCCAGCACAGUACACCCCACUUCACCCAUUACAGUACACCUCACCUCACCCAGCACAGUACACUCACCUCACCCAGCACAGUACACCCCCCCCCCCCCCCCACCUCACCCGGCACAGUACACCUCACCUCACCCAGCACAGUUACACCCCCCUCACCCAGCACAGUUACAACCCCACCUCACCUCACCCAGCACAUACACCCCCCCCACCUCACCCAGCACAGUACACCCCACCUCACCCAGCACAGUACACCCCACCCCACCCUCACCCAGCACAGUACACCUCACCUCACCCAGCCCAUACACCUCAACCUCACCCAGCACAGUACACCUCACCUCAACCCAGCCACAGUACACCUCACCUCACCCAGCACAGUACACCUCACCUCCACCCAGCACAGUACACCUCACCUCACUCACCCGCACGUACACCCCACCUCACCCAUCACAUACACCCCACCCCACCUCACCCAGCACUAUGUACACACCUGCACCUCACCCCAGCACCAUUACACCUCACCUCACCCAGCAACAUACAACCCCCCCCCCCCCACCUCACCCAGCCCAGUACACCCUCACCUCCACCCAGCACAUAUACACCUCACCGUCACCAGCCCAGUACACCCCACCCCACCUCACCAGCCCAGUACACCUCACCUCACCCAGCCCAGUACACCCCACCCCCUCACCCAGCCCAGUACAUCCCCACCUCACCUCACUCACCCAGCCCAGUACCACCUACACCUCACCCAGCCCAGUACACCUCACCUCACCACCAUCACCCACCAGCCCCAGUCACCUCACCCCACCCAGCUCCCAGGCCUAAUGUAA